UCAAAUUAUUCUGAACGUUGCGAAGUCGAUCAAGCAGAGCAGACAGUGUUAGAGAGAGAGAGAGAGAGAGAGGGAAAUGGGGAAGGCGACCCGGCGAGCAAAGCAAGCGAUUGCACCUGAGAACGCCUCGCCAUCAGCCUCAGCAUCACCGGUUUCUUCUUCUUCGACGACGAUGACCGCCGUCAGCUCAGCUGCUGAGCAGUCAGAGCAUUACGAGAAGCGAAUCCAUGAUUUGGAGCUGGAGAACAAAGCGUAUCAGAAAGAGAUUGAGGGGCUGAAGAACAAACUGGGGAAUGUUUCCGUUACUCCCGACAGUGUGAAGAGGUUGAAGGAUGGCUAUCUACAAAAGCUGAAUGCUCUCGAAGAGCAGGUUAAGGAACUGAAGAAAAAGCAAGAUGUGCAAUCCCAACUUUCCACUUGCAGAAGGAGAAACGAUGAGGGCAAGCAUCUGCAUGACGAGAUCCAGAAGCUGAAGGCUCAAAAAGUUCAACUUCAGUGCCAGGGCAAGCUGGAUUCUGUGCAGUUUAGGUUAUGCAAGGCUGCAUUGGAGAAGGAAAUCCUUCAGCUCAAAAAAGAGGGGCGAAGAACUGAGUUUGAGAUGCAAAACCUAUUAGCUCUAAACCAGAGGCAGAAGAUGGUCUUGCAGCGGAAAAAUGAAGAAAAUUCUAUGGCUUCAAAUCGCCUUAGGAAUCUUUUGGAAUCACGAAAGGUUCUCUUCAGCCAGAAAACAGGAACCAAAAGAGCAAGUCCUGCUGGAAUUCAGGGUCUUGAACAUGAGUUUGAGGUCACAGCACACAUAAAUCAACUUUGUGCAGAAUAUGAGCAUCAAAUAGAAAUGAUGGCUGAUGAGAUCUCGAAGGCCAAGGAAGAAGCUGAGUUGCUUAAGCAAGAGAAUUUUAGGCUCUUGAUACAGAACAAGGAACUCGACUGCAAAGAAGAUCCCGAGCUGAGAGACUUGAAAGAAGACGUAAUCAAACUGAGUAACCUGCUUAGCCAAUUAGAAGCGCGAAAAGCAAAACUCACAUUCCAGGAAGAUGCACAGGGGGACUUGACUCAGCCUUCUAUUUCUGCUGGAAGUACUACUGCAUAUUCAGAUCCAAACGCAAGUGAACUCGAAAAUUCCGAGGAAAUUUCCGUGCAGGGGAAAAAGGGAUCGGGGACAUGCUGCUCUUGCAGUAAGAGGUCAUUGUGCAAAACAAUGAAAUGUGAGUGCAGGACUGCUGGGGGCAGCUGUGGGAUCGCGUGCGGCUGUUCAUCUGCUAAGUGCACAAACAGGGCAGAUCUUCCCGUCAAGUUGGAGGAAUCGGCAGGGACUGGCAUUAGUGAUGAAAACUUGAACUCAAAUUCUAAUCUUUCGGUGAAUGCCGAGGCAGAGAAAAACGUCCUCAAUUCUCAAGAUGCCAUUCCUCACAGCGGGCCCCUGUUAGCGCCUGCAGAGACUGAUGAUCACUGUGGGCUUAAGAAGAUGCCUCUGUAUGACAUUGCAAACACACUGAUCAAAUCGUUUGCUUCGAAACACAACCAGAGAAGGAAAGCCCGUAACUGAGCAACCAAGCGUAGCCUAAGGAAGAUGCAGUGCAUCAAAAAACAAGCCAGCUCGAGACAGAGAUUACGAUGACGGUCAAUAUCUAGUUGAAAGGAAACUGCAAACGCGGGAGUGCUCAGUAGUGAUCUCGAGAUAAGUAACUACUACUUCUGGACUUUGGUAUGACACAGGAACUGAUUAACAACAGAAGGAAAGGCAUUCAGCUUAUGAAGUUGGCUUUGCUUGAGAGGGUACAAAACUCAAAUGCUGUGAAAUGUGUUGAUGAUUCUUUUUUUCUUUUUUUUUUAAACUUCCAUUGCAUCUAUCCAACAAAAAAAAAAAUUUCUUGGUGCAUUGCUGAUCGAUUUCUUCAUGGAGACAUGGACAUCAUUUUUUAUUUUUAUUUUUUAUGGGGAAACAAAAUUUAGUGAAAAUUACAAACUAUAUUUGAUUUUUGAGCGUUGCUGCGAA